AUGCAAUUAUUCAUUUUUUCCGUUAUUGUUUAUCAGAUAGUAGCUGAAUCAUGUACUCUUCGUCCCAUAUUACGAGGUGUUCACAUAAAACAAGAUUUAGGUUCCAAUCGUAAAAAAGUAUUCCCUAAUGAACCUAACUGUAAAGAGAAAUGCAAAUCGGAGACAGAUUUUGAAUGUACUGCCAUUGUAUGGUCUUUGGAGGAUGAUUCCGGAGAUUGCUAUUUGCUAGAUAAUGUUAACCUGGAUGGAGAAAUCUUUGUAGACAAUAGACCUUAUAUUCUCUAUGUAGAUGUUUGUGGUGAUGAUGCCCCUCCUUCAGUUGGUUAUUGUCAGUAUCUGUUAACCCAACAGAAUGUGGAGAAAACAACGUCCAACUCCAUUUCACCAGGGUCAACUUCUCAACUUUCUUGUCACGAAUUCUGCAUUUCAAAUUAUGGAGGACGAGUAUGCAAUGCUUACAUUGUUUCUGAUACCUGGUCUUCCACAUGCACUCUAUACAGUGUAGUUCCUGAAGGUCUGGCUACAGGAACUCAGAAUCUUUGGACAAAGAAGUGUGCAGCUCCUCCAAGAAACUGUGUUUAUAACAAAUGGACUGAGUGGUCUACCUGUUCACAGAACUGCGGCGGAGUACGAACACGCUCUCGCACAAUCAAGCAACAACCAAGUGAAGAUGGUGUUCAGUGCCUAGACAGCGAAAUGAAUGAAACACAAGAUUGUGAUGCAGAUUCGUGUUCUGAAAUUUGUGUUUACUCUGACUGGACAGCAUUCAGUGCCUGUAACUCGACAUGUACUGAAAAUGGCAUACGAUCACGAUCACGAACAUUGCAGAACGGAGAUAGUGGUUCAUGUUCUGAAUUAACGGAAAAUCAGACUUGCGAGAAGCUUCCUAGUUGCUCUGGUAAUUCGUGCGUUUUCUCACAAUGGACUGGUUGGUCAGAAUGUGCAUCUGAUUGUUACAAUAAACGAUCUCGAUCAAUCACGGCUGGAGAUCCUGACACAUGUCCCGACGAAUCUUUAGAAGAGAGUGCAGAAUGCACUGGCGAUUCAUGCGAAGACGAUGAUGGAGAUUAUGAAGACCCAGAUGUUGAUGAAAACGAAGGCUGCAGGAUAGCAUCUAUCGAUCCAUCGAGCAGGCCAUCUACUCAAGGAACUAAAAAUGUAGGAACAUCAUCCAAUUGUGCAGCUGCCUGUCAUCGAGAAAAAUCUUUUCUUUGCGAAGCUUUCAUAACUACAGGAAGUGGCGGGGUUUGCAUACUGUUUGCCAAAAUAGACAGCAAUGUCGUUCAGCUUGUUUCAAGUGAAUAUUACUUACAAGAUUUAAAGUGUGCUGUGAAUAAUAAUCCUAAUACUGGUAUAUGUCGUUGGACAGUAGUUGGCAAUGGAGUAUCUCCUGACUUCUCAAUCCCUGAUAGUUAUUCAUCCAUAGGUUUAACAAUAGAUUCGAAACACUGUGGUCAAUUAUGCAUGAUGAACCAUCCAAUUUUCCAACCAACGCCUUGCUUAUCUUGGGCAUGGAAUCCCGAAAUACCAUUCACUUCUUCUCAACAUAACUGUUUUAUGUUCAACUAUGACGCAGAGUCCAAAGCAACUCCAGGAGGAAGCUAUAUUCUUCAUAAAUUGGUGUGUGACGAAUAG